GCGGGAAACGAAAAUUCAAGACCCAUGGUUUCCCUCCUUCCAUGAAUAAAAACUACUCGAAACUACGAACACCUUAUACUUAUUGUAUAAUCCCCCUUCCUCCAUUUCUGAAUCUUUCAAUUUCUCAGUCCCUCUCCAAAUUCCCAAUUAUAAACCCUAAAUCUAAUAAACCCGCCUGAGAACUGAGAAGAAUUAAGUAGAAGAAAAUGUUUUACUCCCAUACGUUUUUGGCUCGGAAAGGGCCUCUUGGUACUGUCUGGUGCGCUGCUCAUCUUCAACAUAAACUCAAAAAAUCUCAUUAUGCUUCUACUGAUAUUCCCUCCACCGUCGAGAGGAUAAUCUAUCCAGAAGUGCCAAUUGCUCUAAGGAUGUCUGGACAUCUUUUGUUGGGUGUUGUUCGUAUUUAUUCGAAGAAAGUUGAGUACCUUUAUAAGGAUUAUGAGGGUCUUCGGGUUAGCUUGAGGAAUGCCUUCUGUACUGUCCAUGUCAAUUUGAAUGAAAAUGCUAACCAAGCUCAAUUUAAUGCAAUUACUUUGCCGGAAACUUAUUCACUUGAUGCCAUAGAAAUAGACGAUGAUAUUUCUCGCUUUGAUGGAUCACAGGAUAAUCAUAUCAGGAACAUAGAGGAAAUAACACUCCAAGAUUCAAAUCCCGUUGAAACUGAGCUUUAUGUCAGGAUCACAUUUGAUGAUGACAUCAUUCCAGACUCGUCUCACUCUGAGCCAAGGGAGAGUGAUCCAAUGCAGAUAGACAAUCCUCCUGCAUUUCCGAUUCCUCUUAGUCCUGAUAUGCAGACUGCUGGUGUUAUCCAACAUGAAGAAUUUCCAUCCCAUGAAAUCAUGCGUGAUAAUCGCGACUUUGAUGCCCUUUUGUCUACUCCAAUAUUACGGCCACAUCAAGACCCUGUUGAUCCUGAAUUAAACAUAUCUCCUCCAAAAUACACACUUGAGAUGGAAAUCGAUACACCACACUCAUUACCUGCAUCAACCGGAGUUAAUUAUCAGCAACCACUGCAGCAUGAAGGACCUUCGUCUCCUCCUACUUCUGAUGCUCGUGAGGUUUCUGAUACUUUGAUUAAUGUUUCACUGACUCAGUUGUUAUUGAGGCCUUCUCCUUCUCCGGAGAAACCUAAGCCUAAACGUCAAAGGAGAAAACGAAAGAUAUACUUUGAUGAGACUUUAGUUUUGACUAACCAGUUUUUGAAAAAUUCGCUCAAUAAUUGUUCCGAUUUAGUGAAGAAAAGAAGGAGGCUGGCUUCCUCUGCUUUAGAACAAUGGAGAAUUAAACGGAAGAAGAACGAAGACAUUUUCUCAAAGCCCCUACUAUCUGGAACGUGCGAAAAUCUCCAAAAUCUGUUAAGCGAAGACUUGAUCAUCUCAAACCCCAAAUUGGCUUCCACGGUAGCAACUCAACCAGACUCCAGGGCUGCAGAAUCUCCUGCACAUGAUCCUGAUGCUGGUGGGGAAACUCAGCGUCAUAUUUCUGGCGAUGAUUUGGAGAUUGAGCGUCUCCGUUCUGUGCAUGAUGAUCCUGGACAAACCAUAAUGGAAACAUUUCCUUCCUCCACACCGUUACCUUUUCCACAGCCUCAUGGAUUUCCCGAGACUCCUUCAUCCAUGAGAGCACCAAGUUCAGUUUCAGAACCUCGAUUUGAUAACACUGAUCUUCAAUCAGAGAAGGGUCUUUUUACCAGCUCUACUGGAUUCGAUAUGGAAACACCCAUUUUUAAUUCUGAGGAAAGGAACGAAGAAAUGGGCACUGGUUUAUCUGACAUUCCCGAACUGAGAGAUUCUAUGAUAGCUGAUGAGCUCUCGUUUUUGGAACAAGAUUACGAAAGCCCCACCGAUUCUCAAGGUGCUCGUACAGGAGAUGCCAUGUCUGCAAGGACAAGGGCCGUGGCUCAGUAUCUGGAAAAUCAUUCCCCACUAUCCAAAUACCCAUCCGAAGAGCUAAGUUUGAAAUCCAUCUUGGAAGGAAGACAAAGGAAGAUAUGUGCACGAAUGUUCUAUGAAACUUUGGUUUUGAAAAGUGCCGGACGAAUUGAUGUUAAACAAGAUGAGCCCUAUGGUGAUAUUACUUUGAAGUUGACAGCCAAAAUUUAAGGCUGCACGCUCUUUAAGCUGAUAAUUUUAUAUGCACAGGAUACUAGAAUUGAAAUGUACAGCAGCUCAAGUCAGGGGCGGACACAGGUGCCCUCGCUGCCCAUGCGCGAGAGCACGGAGUUCCGAAGAUUGUAGUAAUUUUGGAUAAAUUUCAAUGAUAAUUUUUUGUAUUUAUUUUCUAUUAAGAUUUUCUGUAUCUUAUAAUAAUUUAUGAUCUCAUUAGUAAUUUUCUCGGGUUCCUUGUUUAUUGCUAUUUUUGGUAUUUUACGAGUUUUAGCCAAAAUGAAAGAAAUGAGUCUUAUAGAGAAAUUCUUAUGUUGACUUGGUUCAUACUAGAAUAGUGUGGACUAAGUUUUAUCACUCUUAUAUCUACUUUCUUUACUCUUUACUCUAUAUUAUAUGAGUAUUAUC